AGUGUCACCCCUGCGUCCCCCGUGUGUGUCCCCCCUGUGUCCCCGUCCUUGUCUCGCCUGUGAUCCUUCCGCUGUCCCCUGCCCGUGUCCCCCCGUGUCCGUGUCCCCCCCGUGUGUCCCCUCUGUGCGUCCCCCAUGUCUCCCCCUUGUCUCCCCUGUGACCCUCCCGGUGUCCCCUCCCCGUAGCCACACGUGUCGUUCCCGUGUCGUCCCCCCCGUGUCCCCCCCGUGUCCGUGUCCCCCCCCGGCACGGGAAGCGGCUCCGGGCUCGCGGAAACGGCCCCUCCCCGCGCGCCUUCGGCCACGGAGCCGCUGGCGGGACCCACGGGAGCCCCGCGCCGCCCCCGGGAGCGCCUGGGACCCCCGGAGCCCCCCGGAGCCCCCCAUGAAGCCCCCCGGGGCCGUGGGGACGCUGCUGCGCGCGUUCGGCCGCCGCGAUGUUCCCGACACGCCGCGGCCGCCCCCGCCCGCCCCCCACACGUUCCGCGAGCGGAGCCUGCGGCGGGGGGCGCCCUGCGGGGGCUGCGGGACCCCCCUGGGACCCCACGGGCUCGUGUGCAGAGUUUGCAAAGUCGCCGCCCACAAGAGAUGUGAGAGCAAGGUGACGUCACCGUGCCAACCUCUGCCCCCGCCCGAGCUGAGGCGGAACACGGCCCCGGUGCGGCGCAGCGAGCGCGUGAGCUCCUCGUUGGACAGCGCCCCCCAGCGGAGCACGCUGCCCAGGACUCCCCGCGCCCCCAGCCCCGAGACCUCCCCCUUCCCCCCCCUGGACCUGACGUUCGUGACCGAGCGGAUCCUGAGCGUGGGGGUCCCGGGGGGCGGCGAGGGGGGUCCCGGGGGGCACCUGCGGCACCUGGCGAAGCUCCUGGGGGCGAGGCACGGCCCCAACUACACGAUCUUCAACCUGUCCGAGAAGCGCCGCGACCUCACGCGCCUGAACCCCAAAGUGCUGGAUUUCGGGUGGCCGGAGCUGCUCGCCCCCCCCCUGGAGCUGCUCUGCUCCGUCUGCAAAGCGCUCGAGGGGUGUCUGGGGGGGCACCCCCGCAACGUGGCCGUGCUGCUCAGCAAGGGCAGCAAGGCCCCCGUCGGGGUGGUCGUGGGGGCGUUUCUGCACUACAGCGACGUGUGGGGCAGCCCCGAGCAGGCGCUGAACGCGCUGAGCAUGAGGAGAUUCUGCGAGGAGAAACUGGGGGGGGUCCUGCAGCCCUCCCAGCGCAGGUACACGGAGGAUUUCGGGGCGCUGCUCUCGGGGCGGCUCCGCCUGAACAGUUCCCCCCAGUUCCUGCACCACGUCCUUCUGCCCCCCCUGCCCGCCUACGACCCCCCCGAUGGCUGCCGCCCCUUCCUCAAGAUCUACCAAUCGCUGCGGCUCGUCUACACCUCGGGGGUCUACAGCCCCCCCGCCUCGCAGUCGCUCUGUGUCACCCUGGAACCGGCGCUGCUGCUCAAGGGGGACGUGAUGGUGCGCUGUUACCACCGGCGGCGGGGGGGGCGCGAGGCGGUUUUUGGGGUUCAGUUCCACACGGGGACCCUGCGCGGGCCCCGCCUGAGGCUGCGCCGGGACGAGCUCGACCUGGCCUGGCAAGACCAGCGCUUCCCCCCCGACGCCACCGUCGAGUUCAUCUUCUCCUCAGGCCCCGAAAGGGUCGAAGGCUGGGUGCCCCCCCGCGGCCCCCCCGCCGCCCCCAUCGAUUACGGGGUGCGGGACCCCGCGGUUCGGCGCGACUCCUACGAGGGGCGCUGGGAGAGCCCCGAGGAGCCCUCCCACACUUGGGGUCCCCUGGAUGGCAGCCCCUACGCCCGCGUGCAGAAGAAGGGGGGUCCGUGCCCCCCCGGGCCGGACUCUGACUCCCCGCCCCCCCCCGGAGCCCCCCAGGGCCGCCCCCCGGGCCCCACGGCCGCCGAGCGCCGGGAGCUGGAGCAGCUGCUGGGGGGGUUCGGGGUGCGGGGGGGCCGCGAGACCCCCGGCCCGGGGGAGGAGACCCCCGACACCCCAGAACCUCUUGGGACCCCCGCAGCCUAUGGGAGCCCCGAACCACUCGGGACCCCGGCACCCUACAGGAGCCCCACAUCCUACGGGACCCCGAUAUCCCACGGGACCCCCACAUUCCACGAGACCCCCAUAUCCCAUGAGACCCCCCCGGCCCACGGGAUGCCGAUAUCCUAUGGGACCCCAAUAUCCCACAAGACCCCCCCAUCCCACGGGACCCCCACAUUCCAUGGCACCCCUGCUCCCCACAGCCCCCUGACAUCCUGCGGGACCCUCACACCCCAUGGCCUCCCCACAUCCUACGGGGCCCCCAAAUCCCAGGGGUCCCCCACACCCUAUGACACCCCAAAACCCUACGGGACCCUGGUGCCCCACGUGACACUGACCCUCCAUGGCCCCCCAGCAUCUCAGGGGUCCCCAACUUCCUACGGGACCCCGGCACCCCAUGGCCCCCCCAGCAUCCCCCGGGACCCCAAUUUCCCACGGGGUCACAGUGCCCUAUGGAACCCAAAUAUCCCACAGGACCCCAAUAUCCCGGGGGUCCCCGACGUUCCACGGGACCCCGAUAUCCCAGGACACCCUCCCAGCCUGGCCUCCCCCCGGGACCCCCCAAAACGGGGGGUGCAGCGCUCGCUGUCCGAGGGGUUCCCCCCGUGGGGGGGCUACGGGCGCCCAGUGGCGGGGGGGACUGCCAGGGCUGGGGGGGCGUCCCCGCGCUCCCCACCCGCGCAGUUUAUAGCGGCCAUGACUGGGGGGCGCCCCCGCUGGAGCCCCCAGAUUGCCCCCAUUGCGGCCGCCCCGGGCUGGGGCUGGAGCGGGGACCCCCCCCCCAGAAAAGGGGGCUACGACCCGCCCGCCGUGGAGGAGCCCCAGGAGCCGGCAGGUGAAGGUGGGGGGCAAGGGCGACGCAGCCCAAUCGAGGGGACCCCCUGGCCGGGCCCUCCCCGAGCCCCCUCCCCCAGCAGCGGCACCCCCGGAUCCCCCCCGCCCCCGCAGCCGCCCCUGCCCGAGAAGCGGCAUCCCCCGGCCCCGGGGGGGCCCCGGGACCCCUCCUCACCGCAGCGCAGCCCGGGGGGGGCCCAGGGUCACCCCUCGGCGGGGCCGGGGCCGGGCGGGACCCCCCCCGGGGGCACCUUCGUGCAGGACACCACCAAGUUCUGGUACAAACCGGGGCUGUCCCGGGAGGAAGCCGUGUCCCUGCUCAAGGCGGCCCCUCCCGGCUCGUUCCUGGUCCGCCGCAGCAGCAGCUUCCCGGGGGCGUUCGGGCUCGCGCUCAGAGUGGGGGUGCCGCCGCCCCGCGCCACCCCCAGAACGGGGGACCCCCAGGAGCAGCUGGUCCGGCACUUCCUGAUCGAGACGGGCCCGCGGGGGGUCAAAAUCCGGGGGUGCCCCGAGGAGCCCUACUUCGGGAGCCUCCCGGCGCUGGUGCUGCAGCACUCCAUCACCCCCAUCUCGCUGCCCUGCGCCCUCCGCAUCCCCCACGCAGAGCUGCAGGAGGAGCCCCCGGACCCCCCCGGGCCCCCCAAUGUCAGCACGGCCGGAGCUCUCCUGAGGCAGGGGGCAGCCUGCUCCGUGCUGUUCCUGGGCUCGGUGGGAACCGAGGCGCUGACCGGGCCCCAGGCCGUGGCCAAGGCCGUGGGGUCCCUCCUGGAGGGGACCCCGAGUCGGGGGGGUCCCCCCGGCCCCCCCCCCAGCCCCGUGCACUUCAAGGUGUCGGCGCAGGGCAUCACCCUGACGGACCGGCAGCGCAAACUCUUUUUCCGCCGGCACUACCCCGUGAGCAGCGUCACCCACUGCGGCACCGACCCCCAGGACCGCAGGUGGGCGAACCCCGACGGGAGCACGGCCAGGAUUUUCGGGUUCGUGGCGAAGCAGGCGGGAGCCCCGGGGGGCGGCAACGCGUGUCACGUAUUCGCGGAGCUGGACCCCGAGCAGCCGGCGGGGGCCAUCGUCACCUUCGUCACCAAAGUCCUGCUGGGGACGCGGCACUGAGAGACCCCAGGGACCCCCUCGGGACCCCAGAAACCAUCUGGGGACCCCCAAAGCCCCCCGAGGCAGGGGGGAGCAGGGGCACCCUCAAAACCCAGCGGGACUCCCCCCCGCCUUCACCAAGGUGCUGCUGGGAACACGACACUGAGGGACCCCCAGAACCCCCCACGACCUCCAAAAACAUCUGGGGAUGCCCAAAAACCCCCGGAGUCCUCCUGCCAAGGGGGGGACGGGGACACACAUAACUAACCUCCCCCCUCAUCAUCACCUUCAUCACCAAGGUCCUGAACACCCCCAAUCCCCCACUGAGACUCCCCCAAAACCACCCCCGGAUCCCCCAAACCCUCCCAGGCACCCCCGAUUCGGGGGAGCACAAGGGGACCCCCAUAAUCACCCUCCCCACAACCUUCAUCACCAAAGUUCUACUGGGGACCCCCAAACUGCCCCUGAGACUCCCCCAGACACCCCCCAGACCCUCCAGCCCUCCUUGGAGACCCCCAAAACCUCCUGCACACCCCCAGCUGCCCUCUCAAAUGAAGAAGGGGAGGCUGCAAUUUGGGGGUCCUGGGGGAUCUCCAAUAAAUCCACAUUUAUUUUGGUGUAACAAA